AUGCCAGUUAUAGAUGUAGACAAUCUAACGGACUUGGAUAAGGCUAAAAUGGAAGUAGAUCAGUUGAAAAAAGAGGUGAAACUGGAAAGGGAAAAGGUGUCUAAAUGUUGUGAAGAAGUCAUGGAAUACAUUCAGGGUGGUAUGGACGACGAUCCCCUGGUCAAAGGAAUCCCAGAAGAAAAGAAUCCAUUCAAGGAAAAGGGUGGAUGUGUCAUUUGCUAAUGUGGACAGCAAUAACUGCCCUAUUCCGUUUACAAUUUAGACUCUUUGGUACUGCACAUGGUCACCUGCAACUGUUUAAUCUUAGCCAGAAUUUUCUAUGCUGUCUGAAACAGAGAAAAGACAGUCGAGGAUAGCUACUAAAAUUACUCUAAAUGACUUGAA